UGUAAUUCUAAAUCUCAAAGAAAGUGAAGGAAAAAAAUAUCAAACCAUGCUUCUUUUACUCUUCCUACUUUUUGGAAAUACUGUUUUACAAAUAAAUUCACAAAUUAGCACUGUACUUGAUGACGGGCUUAGUAGUGCUGUUGGUGACGCGAAAGGUCCCCGUCCGCAACCGGAAGUUUGUGCGAAAGCUGGAUGUGUUCGUGGAAAGUUUGUCAGUGGAUUGAUUAAGCCCUAUGAGGCUUUCUACGGAAUACCUUAUGCUGAGCCUCCGGUUGGAAUGUUAAGAUUCGAAAACCCAGUUCCCUUCAGUGGAUGGUCAGGAUACUGGGAUGCCACAUACACUAGAGAUGUUUGUCUUCAGAGAGAUGUCUUCAAACCCGAUUUACCGAUUUUGGGUUCAGAAGAUUGCUUGUAUUUGAAUGUCUAUAGGCCCCUUACAUGGAAGAAGGGUAAAAACUUACCGGUAUUGGUGUUUAUUCCUGGCGGCGCAUUUACAUCAUGGUCAGGAGAUCCCACACUGUUUGGUCCUGAAUAUUUUAUGGGUAACGGCGAGAUCAUUCUAGUUACCCUGAACUACCGGUUGGGAAUUUUUGGUUUCCUCUCUUCCGGAGAUGGAGUCGUUAAAGGAAACUUUGCAUUCAAAGAUCAACAACUCGCUCUUCAAUGGGUUAAAACAAAUAUUAAAUUCUUUGGUGGAGAUAAAAAUUCCAUAACUGUAUCUGGACAGAGUGCUGGAGCUGCAGGAACACAUUUGCAACUGUUAAGUCCGAAGUCGCAGGAUUUAUUCCAUCGAGCUAUCAUGAUGAGUGGAACUGCUAUUACUUCCAUUUUGUAUCCAAUUGAUUUUGCUGCACAAUUCCGUUCAAGUGCGAAAUAUCUUGGGAUUCUAAAUUGGGACACUGAUACAACCCUAAGUUUGACUAACCAAAUGAAGAAUACCGAUGCUCUUGAUAUCCUUUUACUUGCUGAUAACUUCUAUGUUUUCCCGGGGACUCCUGCUAGUCCUUGGAGAGUGUGCGUUGAAGGAAACUGGGAAGGUGCAUUCAUAACUGAAGAUCCUAGGAAAACUUGGCUUGAAGGAAAUUUCGUUCAAAAACCUAUUCUUACUAGUUUGGUGUCUAAUGAAGGCUUUAUACAAUUAACUUUGUUUAAUGAAACUCUCCGGCAGUCCUUCAACGAGAACAUAUACGAGUUAUUAGGUGUGCAACUGGAUAUUGAUCCAAGAUAUGUUCCUGAUAUUAUGAGGCAUUACUUCGGUUCGAAAACCUACAUAGACGAAACGAAUUUGCAUAAAUACUUUGAGAUGUUUGGGGACAGGUUAUUCCGCUAUCCCUUCUUCAAACUAGUUCAGCAAUAUCUAAGAUAUGCAGAUCUUGAAAAGAAUCCUAUCUAUCUCACUGAAUUUGGAUUUGAGAGUGCCCUUACAUUCUUUAAGUCAAAUGAGUACCUUGGGGUAGCUCAUAGUGAUGAUCUUAUCUACCUCUUUUCAUCAGCUGAUUUUCCACCUUUGGAACCUAAUUCACCAGAAGGCAGGAUGAGUGAUAUUCUUGUCCAAACGAUAGUUAACUUCGUUGCCAGAGGUGAAGUCAAAGCGUGGACUAACUUCACACCUUGUACUCCUGAAACUUCAACUCCUUUCUGCGAUCGUCAAGAAUUUUUGAGAAAUCAUAGAUCCAAUCCGGAUCAAGUGAUUGUUAAAAUUAACAAUUAUAUUGAUCUUCAAAUGGUGAAAUUAUGGGAUGAUAUUGAAAAUGACGUCAAUUCUACUCCACAGAAAUUGUGAUACCAUCUUGGAAGUGAAAAGUCGUAUUCAGAUUAAUGAUGUUGCUAAGCUAAUUUGCAAUUCAAAAAAUAUACUUUUCAUUGAAUAGGCGAGAUAAUUAGAAUGCGAAUGGCGGUAAUAGAAUUAAAAUGAAUAAUUUUAGAAGAUUACAUGGUUAAGAUCAAGAGGAGAAAUUCAUCAAUUUCCAGAAGGCGAAACACUAAUAGGUUACAUUAAUCAAACGGUAUUCGUUAUAUUUGUAAAGUGUAAGAAACUGGAUGUAGAAUAAAGAUAAAUGAAUGAA